CAAGGUUAGGCAAAAACUCAAAAAAAAAAACUGCAAAUGUCGCUGUUGUUAUCUUCGUUGUAGUUGGUGUUGUUGCAAAAGAAGCAAAGGGAGGAACGUAGAUAAUCUAGUACUGGAAUUGAAGCAAACGGAUCCAUGGGUAUUAGUUCUUCUAAAUCAAUGGCGGACGUUGAACUUGGCCAAGAGAGUGACUUUGAUAGCCGCAGAAUGUUGUUUCAACGUGCAAGAGGGCACACAGAGAACAAGUUGAAGGGUGUGGCAGGUUACUUGCCAUUGUACAAAGCUGCAAUUGCAGGUAAAUGGAACGAAGCAACGAAAUUUCUAGACAAAGAUCCAGGGGCAUUGACGGCGAAGAUCACAAUAGCCUCAGAAACAGCACUUCAUAUAGCCGUGGGUGCAGUAGAAAAAAAUUAUGAGUUUGUCGAGACACUAAUAAGGAGGAUGUCCCCUGAAGACUUGGCCUUAACUGAUCAAAAUGGCGAAACUGCCCUUUCAGUGGCAGCAGUAACUGGCAAUGUUAAAGCUGCCAAAUUACUGGUUGAUAAGAAUCCAGACUUGCCUAAUAUUGUUGGCAAAUCUGGCUUCCCUAUCCAUAGAGCUGCGGAAUAUGGCCAUGAAAAUAUGAUUUGGUAUCUGUGGGAUGUUACUAGCGAUCAAUUUGAGCCAAGUCCGUUCACAGGCAGAUCUGGUGUUGAGCUUCUCAAUCACGUUAUUAAUGCUGAAUUUUUUGAUAUUGCUCUUAAAUUAGUUAACCGGUACCCUAAUAUGGCAACAACUGACGGACAUGAUAUAGAAUUGGAAUCCCCCUUAACUGUGCUCGCGAGAAUUUCUAGUGCUUUCCCCAGUGGAUGUGGUGUUACACUUACACCUUCGAAGCCACAUUUCUACAAUCCUGUGAAGUUUUCCGGACUAUGCAAAAAAAGAAAAUUGAAGGAAGAUAAAGCAAUGGAGCUAGUUAAAAGCUUGUGCACGGAGAUUUUGCAGAUGGAUGAUUCCAAAGCUUUCAAUUAUAUUCAAGAACCGGUCCUAAUAGCAGCAAAGUUAGGCACUCAUGAGAUCAUAGAAGAGAUUGUCAAGGCAUUUCCUCCAGCAAUAUGGGCAGCCGAUAAUGAGAAUCGUAACAUGUUUGAAUUGGCUGUCUUACAUCGUCGGGAAAAUGUUUUCAAUCUCAUAUACCAGAUGAGUGGUUACAGGCAUUUAGUAACAAGGUAUCUAGACGUACAAGAUAAUAACAUAUUACAUUUGGCUGGCCAAUUGCCUCGUCCAGACCGCCUUAAACUUGUCUCGGGUGCAGCUUUACAAGUUCAGCGAGAGCUGCAAUGGUUCCAGGAAGUGGAGAAAUUUGUACAGCCUGGUCAGAAAGAAAAAAAAAAUAAAGAGGGGAAAACUCCUUGGAUGGUUUUUAGUGAGACACACCAAGAGUUGAUGAAAGAAGGUGAAAAAUGGAUGAAAGAAACAGCAAGCGCUUGCACAGUUGCUUCGACCCUGAUUACAACUAUAGUUUUCAGUGCAGCAAUGAACGUUCCGGGAGGUGAAUCAAGUGAAGGGAGUCCUAAUUUGUAUCAUCAUUGGGCUUUUACUGCAUUUGCAGUGACAGACGCCAUCUCUCUCUUUUUUUCAGUGACCGCCGUCCUAACGUUCUUGAAGAUCUUAACAUCCCGGUAUACCGAAAAAGACUUUCUGCACUUUCUUCCUAGGAGGUUGAUUUUCGGAUUGACAAUGCUUUUUCUCUCAAUACUAAACAUGGCAGUCGCCUUCAGUUCAGCAAUUUACCUUUUGUUCGGUUUUAAGAGGGCUAUCAUUGUGAUUUCAGUGGGUGCUCCAAUUCUUUUAUAUAACUUGGCUAGGCUCAUGUUUCCCCUUCUCCAUCGUUACAUCGGAGCUACUUAUUACUGUGGCAUUUUCAGGAAGCAAAAGGAUCGCAUACUCCACUGAUGAAAAAGCUAGCUCUUAGGUCCUGGUGAUGAUACCGGAUGUUUUCAACACUUCUAUAUUAAGGGAUUGUUCAUUCUUUUUUCUAAGCAUAUUGUUACUCUUUUUCUAAGAAUAUUCACACACAUAUUAGUGAAUGAUGCCUUUAGAUACCCAAUCUAUUCUAAAGAUCUCUAAUAACAAACGGUGUCAAACGUUAGAAGACUAAUUCAAUAACUAAUAAGUACAGUAUAUACUUAGUAACAAUAUUGUUAAAACUUCAAUU